GCCAGGGCAGCUGCUCCUCAGCCAGCCGGGACACUGGGCCUGCGGAGAGACGGCCUGCAAGAGGGGCCAUUUCACCUGGAGCUGUUCUCUCAGCAGCGCAAGAUGCAGUUAUCUGCUACCCGCUCCACGAUUAGAACUGUUUCUUCGUCAUGGCAUGUGGACUGGACAGAUGCCACGUCCCUGUUAGUCUGGGAGGACUUCAGGGAAACAAGGAGGUUGCAGCAUGCACCCAGUUAGGUGAUGGGGAUCUUCUUGCACUGGUCUUUUCUUUCUGGAGCGCAUCCUGAUAUCCUUUGUCAUCCAGAGCUUUCCCCUCUGUUGCUAAGAAGAGUGAUGGUCGUGAUGAGGACUAAAUCCGGUUUCACUGCUUUGACAGAGAAAUUCAUCCAGAGGAGCGGCCCAGACAGAGGCACUGAUGAGCUGGCGCAAACCCUCAAUGACUACCUGUGUGACAUUUUGGAGGAGAUGCUGAUUUUUGGAGGAGACAUCUUUAAGUUUGCUGGGGAUGCUGUGCUGGUGCUGUGGAGAGCACCACCCCGGGAGCUGGCUAAGACCAUCAGCCUGGUGCUGCAAUGUAGCCGGCAGAUCCAGAGGAAGUAUGGGAAUCGUGACACGCACGUGGGUCAGAAGGUCCGACUGAAGAUAGGGAUCUCUGCAGGGCCCAUGGACCUCCUGCUAGUCGGAGACAGGAGGCGGCAGUACUUCUUGAUCUGUGGCCAGGCCCUGGAUGAAGUUCGUGAGGCCGAAGAGCUUGCGAACGCAGGUGAAGUAAUCCUCUCGGCCACCUCCUGGGAGCUCUGUGAGCAGCACCGGCUCAGGACCAGGCGCCCUGCAGGCAAAAGAGCUGUGAAGGUUACAGGCAUGGAUCGGAUGUCUUGGUCAGAAUGCCAAGACGCUUUACGCAAGCUUGUGCAACACCCAAGGAGCCGCCGCUUGGAAGGGGAAGGUGCCAUGAGGCCCGCUCUUCCCCUGCCCAGCGGCCCUAAUGCGCACGACAUGCUUAGCAAGUACAUAUCAGAAGCUGCUCUCAGGAAGCUUGAUGACAGAGUGCCGCUGGAACUCUUCUCUGAGCUACGGCCAGUCACCAGCCUCUUCGUCCAACUGCAGUUGACUGCAGGUAUCAACACAGUGGCCAUCCACACCGCCGUCCACGAUGCCAGCAGGAUGAUGCUGGAAAUCCUCUGUCCUCACAAAGGCGAAAUCAACAAAAUCGUCCUGUUUGAUAAAGGCUGCGUGUUCCUCUGUGUGUUUGGCCUCGGCGGAGAAAAGCUGCCCUACGAGAGCAUUCACGCCUUGCAGAGUGCUAGUCAGAUCUUCAAUUCCUGCUCCAUGAUGCUCAUGGAAACAGAGGCGGUGUCUGUUGCAGUUACCAGUGGGACGGUGUUCUGCGGAGUCACCGGCCACCCUCUGAGGCAUGAAUACACAGUCAUUGGCCAGAAGGUGAAUUUGGCAGCCCGGAUGAUGGUGCACUACCCUGGGCUGGUGUCCUGUGAUGCAGUGACCUACGCCUCCUCUCGGCUGCCCCCUUACUACUUCAAGGAGCUGCCGGAGAGAAAGAUGAAAGGCCUCAGUCAUCCUGGCACUGUCUAUCAAUAUGUGGGGAUCACCAAGAAGAGCAUAUUUGGCAUGGGUCUUGCCAAGAAGAGGUCAGAGUACGCCCCCUUACUGGGUCGGGAGAAGGAGAUUGACCUCUUUGGCAGCUGCUUGAAAGCCUACGAGGACUUAGGACAAAGGCACAUCCUGGCAUUUGAGGGACGAUGGGCUCCGGAAAGAGCCACUUACUUACCGAACUGGCCUAUUUCGGCCAGGCUGCUGGCCACAGCCUCUCGAGAAAGCCUCCUGGAGACACUCCCUAGGAGCACCUGCAUGCUCUGCUCCCGCCUCUACAUCUCUGGGGAGCUGGAGGGCAUCUGCACCCCUUUUGUCUUAGAAGGCUUGGGCUGUUGGGGAUCUCAGUCCCCUUUGCUUUUGCACGGCAGGGUAGUUGCCAUGGAACUGCUAGAGGUCAACAUGAAGCAGUCCUUCUGUGCCAUCCGUACGCUGAUGGCCAGGGCCCUGGGCCUCCAGGACUGUGAACAGUGCGGUGCCAGGCAGCGCACGCUGCAGACAGAGCUCCGAGGGACAAUUGAAGAGAGCAGCUUUUGCCUCCUCAAUGACAUUUUCCUUGUCGAGUUUCCCGUUUCGGACAAGGUUUGCGAGAUGCGUGGAAUUGAAAGAAAAAAGGAGUUGCACUCGACUUGGGCAAAAGUGCUAGAGAAGACCAUUGGAGGAGAAUUUGGCAUAUUCGUCAUUGACAAUGCCCAUUUCAUCGACCCUGCCUCCUGGAGUAUCAUGUCACCCGUGCUCCGAAAUGUCUCCUACUUCAUGGUCAUGAGCUUAGCGCCGGGCUACGCAAGAACAGAGGGCUUUUGCAAAGCUGCAGCAGACAACACAACGUCCCAGAAAAUCACCUAUCUUCGUCUGGAUGAGCUGAAACCUUCAGCUGUGGUGCAGACAGUCUGCCAGAACCUUAGAGUGGACAGCACAGAUCUAGCGAGGUUCCUGAUCCAAAGAAGCUCGGGGAUCCCGUAUUACUGCAAGGAGCUGCUGGGCUGCCUUCUUUGCAACGACAUGCUCUUGCUCCGCACCCGGAGGCGGGCUGAAAAAGCAGAGGACAACUGGGAGAGCCUGAUCAUUGAGGCUUCACCCCUCGCAGCAACCUCGAGCUCCAGCGCGGGGAAUGAUGGCAGGGUCUGCAUCAUCAGGCCAGACGUGAACCCGGAGAACACGGUGCUGCCCACCACCUUGAAAGAGAUUGCGCUGGCCCAGCUGGACCGGAUAAAGCCACUGAAGCAGACGGUUUUGAAGUUUGCAGCUGUCAUCGGGCCAGUGUUUACCACCCAGCUGCUGUCGCACAUCCUUCCUGAUGGCAUGAGGCACAAGAUGAAUUGCUUGUUGGACAUGCUGGUGAGCGACAACAUCCUUAAGUGGCUGAAAACCACAGAGGUGCCAGAAGAUGUCCGAGAUCCUACCAAGGGGCCAGGCACCUCUCGGCAGGCAGGGAGUGGUGUGGAGAGACCCUCUCCGAGCAAGAAGACCACGGAGCGGCAGUCUGGCGUGCUGGUCUUCUGUGUCCCACUGCCGCGGGAGGCUGCCUACGAGCUGUGGCCCGAGAGACAGCGGGUCGCCUUGCACCGCAAGUGCGCCGCCUUCCUGGAGCGGCACGCGCACAAAUGCAAGAGCUGCGGCCAAGGGGACUUUGUUGCCUUCCACCGCUUCACCGUCACCAGAACCUGGGAGGGAGGGAGCAGUCAGGGCCCUGCUGAGCAGGGUGACCCUCACAGCUGGGAGGCCUUGGUGCUCGCAGGAGAACAGCUGACCAUUUGCUAG